AUGCUUUUCUACGUAUGUCUUGGCACUUCUCCCUUCUUGGACUCAGCUUAUCAGCCUGGCGUCAUGGUGACCUUGCCAGCGAAUUGCUGGCCUGGCGUGGCUGGCCAUCACCUACUAAUCUGGCGGCCUUGUCACUCUAAUGCGAAUGUUCUUCACACCGAGACGGAUAGCCUUUCUGGUUCCCUUUCGGGACCUGGACCCUGGUUAGCCUGUAUGCCCUGUGAUUCAGAUUCAAAUGGUCAUUUGUAUGUCUUUCUGAACGACAGGCCACUGUGUAUCCGGCAGUUUCGGUCGAUCGAUGGAUCCGGGAAAGAGGAACAUGGUGAUGGCUUGUCUUCAUCGAAUACUGAAUUCCUGGCUCCAGGGGAUACAUUACGCCUGGGCCAUGGACCCCGUCUUCGUCUUCUAUCAGGUAGCUCGGCCGCUGCCGUGGCUCUUGCGUUUUCUAACCGCCUUCAAUCAAGUAUUCUGGGCUGUGGGACUAGACGUUCACUUGGCCCCGCGAAGACUGGAAUGCCGAUUAAUCCCACUUCCGCCCCAGUAUCUGUUUCUCAUUGCUUAAAUUUACGUGAAAUCCCAUCUGCAAGCCCCUCGGCUCUCAUUUCAAGCCCUAAUAAUGGAGAUUGUCUUCAUGGAAAUCUACAUCUUCCUCCUCCAAUUUUGGUAGGCUCCCAGCUGCCUGGAAUGGCGGCGGCCUCUCGACUAAUGGCUAAUAGUUGCUACCAGACACCGGCAGGUCCAUUAGCCUCUCCAAUGCCCAACAAUAAUACUAAUUGGCAAUCAGAAACUGGCGGAAGGCAGCAUUUGUGUCAACGGCAACCACAGUCUCUGUUUCAGCAGCAGAUAGUACAACCUCAACUUGUAAGACUAAUUUUCCAGGGAUUAUUUUGA